AUGAUCCACAAGAGCUGUGCCCUUUGGGCGAAUUUACCGCGGCGUCAUCACAUCUUCUGUUUGCCUUGCUCCCCUCUUUUUCCAGUGGCUAAUCCGACUCGAGCCUCAUGUCUGCAUCUGCCUUAUUGGCCCGUAAAUCCGUUUCUAAUCUUUCUGCGUGACCGAUUUCACUCGACGCGCUGUUUCUUAACAGCCCUACCCUCAAACCGCCUAUUCUCGGAUUCCAACACUUGCACACGCAUCAUCUUAUUCAUAAACCCGCGUACCCUGAACAAACUGUGCACUUCCAUCUCUGGUCAACUGCUAUCUCUCAAGUGA